AUGUUUACUUUAACUUUAAAUUUUGUAAAGGAAUUACAAAAGGAGAAUCAGUUCAAAGAAAAGUUGCUUCGAAAAAUACGGCUUAAUUUACCGAACAAAAACUUCAUCCAAGCAGCCACAACUGCACCAGAUGCAGGUUCAUCAACUGCAAGUGCAUCAGGUGCACGUUCAUCAACCACAAGUGAAGAUCAUCCAGUCGUGUCACCAACAGCAUUCCUUGAUAAUGGUGUUACGGAUCUAGAUGAGUAUACACAAGAAGAUAAAAAUGAUCGUCUUUAUUCAACAUUACCAAUGAUUAUUAAAGUUCUUAGUGUACUUUCCAAUAAUGAAUGGGAAGAAUAUGUUCCUGAAUUAUCGGAAUAUACAUUGAUAUUGGCUAAAUUACUUGUCUAUGAAAUACAUCUAUGGGUUGAUAAAGAAAUUUAA